CGGGAAGGGGAAGGAGCGGAGAGGAAGAGGAGGAGUUGGGCUGCACCUGAGUGCGCGUCAUUACUCGCGGGUGCCGAUGGCUGGGGCAGCCGGGCCGGCGGGGCUGGGCGCAAAACGGUGAAAUGUUCCACCAUCCCCAGCUGAGGAAGAGGAGGGAGAUGCAGUUUUCCCCGUGAUUCCCAACCUCAGGCAGCAGAAAGGGGUGGCAGAAGCCAGGAGAGAAGAGCCCAUCCAGCCCCGCAGCCCUCCCCAGGAGUUGUGAAAGAUGGCACCGGCUGCCCCAAGAGAAGCAGGAGUGUGGAGGCAAACCCGAGCUCUGCUGUUCAAGAAUUGUCUCAUCAAGUGCAGGACUAAGAAAAGCAGUGUCCAGGAAGUGCUUUUCCCGCUGUUCUUCCUCUUCUGGCUGAUCCUGAUGAGCAUGAUGCACCCUCACAGGAAAUAUGAUGAGGUGGCCAACACCGACCUGGGCCCCCUGGACCCCUCGGUGCUGGUGAAUUUUGUCAUCGGUUACACCCCACCCACACCCGUGGCUCGGGAAAUCAUGAAGAAAGUGGCUUUUGAUAACUUUGAGGAUGGCCUCAUCACUGAGGAGUAUUUGAGUGAGGAGGAGCUGGAAGAGGCGAGUUUCCUCAAAGCCUCCAACUUUGUGGGGGUGGUGUUCAAGGACUCCAUGUCCUACCAGCUGAGGUUCCACGACUCCAUCGCCAUGUCCUCCAUCUACAUGGAAUCCAGAGCCACGUGCUCCAGCCUGAGGAAGAGCUGCGAGUCAGUGACCUACUGGAGCUCAGGGUUCACAGCACUGCAGGCCUGCAUCGAUGCUGCCAUCAUCCAGAUGAAAACAAAUCAUUCUGUUUGGGAACAGCUGGAUCUGACCAGAGCCAUGGUUAUGGGAGAGGCUGCAGUGGUGGAAAUUGAUAAUUUCCCUCGUGCAAUCAUUUUAAUUUACCUGGUGAUUGCCUUCUCUCCCUUUGGGUAUUAUUUGGCAAUUCACAUCGUGGCAGAAAAGGAGAGGAAGCUGAAGGAGUUCCUGAAAAUUUUGGGACUCCAUGACACUGCCUUCUGGCUGUCCUGGGUGCUGCUCUACGUGAGCCUGAUUUUUGUCAUGUCCAUCCUCAUGGCGGUGAUCGCCACGGCCUCGUCCCUCUUCCCCCAGAGCAGUGCCUUCGUCAUCUUCCUCCUCUUCUUCCUCUACGGAGUCUCCUCAGUUUUCUUUGCCCUGAUGCUGACGCCUCUGUUUAAGAAGUCCAAGCACGUGGGGAUAGUGGAGUUCCUGGCAACUCUGGUUUUUGGCUUUGUGGGCCUCAACAUCGUCCUGCUGGAGGAUUUCCCCAAAUCCUUCGUGUGGAUCCUCAGCCCUUUGUGUCAGUGCAGCUUCUUGAUUGGUGUUGCCCAGGUCAUGCAUCUGGAGGAUUACGAGGAUGGGGCAACGUUUGCAAACAUCAACGCUGGUCCUUACCCUCUCUGCAUCUCCCUGAUCCUGCUGCUGCUGGACAGCAUCUUCUACCUGCUGCUGGCUGUCUACCUGGACCAGGUGAUCCCAGGGGAGUUUGGCCUGCGCCGCACGCCCUUUUUCUUCAUGAAGCCCUCGUUCUGGUCAAAGCACAGGAAAAACUACAAGGAGCUGUACGAGAGCAGCGCCAACGGCAGCCUGAGCUUCAGCGAGAUCGUGGAGCCCGUGCCUUCGGAAUUCCAGGGCAAGGAAGCCAUCAGGAUCAGCUGUGUUCAGAAAACAUUCAGGAGAAAGGGGGAGACGGUGGAGGCUCUCAGAAAUUUGUCCUUUGACAUCUACGAGGGGCAGAUCACGGCGCUGCUGGGCCACAGCGGCACCGGGAAGACGACGCUGAUGAACAUCCUCUGCGGGCUGUGCCCUCCCACAGAUGGGUUUGUCUCAGUCUAUGGGCACAGGGUGUCUGAGAUCGAUGAGAUGCUGGAGGUGCGGCAGAUCGCGGGGGUGUGCCCCCAGGCCGACAUCCACUUCGACAUCCUCACCGUGGAGGAGAACCUCUCCAUCUUUGCUGCCAUCAAGGGCAUCCCUCAGAACGAUCUGAUACAGGAGGUGCAGAAGGUGUUGCUGGAUUUGGAGAUGCAGCCCAUCAGGGACAAUCAAGCCAAAAAAUUAAGUGGGGGGCAGAAGAGGAGGCUGUCAGUGGGAGUUGCUGUUCUUGGGAACCCCAAGGUGUUGCUGCUGGAUGAGCCCACGGCGGGGAUGGAUCCCUGCUCCCGCCACAUCGUCUGGAACCUGCUGAGGAACAGGAAAGCCAACAGGGUGACUGUGUUCAGCACCCACUUCAUGGACGAGGCUGACAUCCUGGCUGAUCGGAAAGCUGUGAUCUCCCAAGGGAUGCUGAAAUGCCUCGGCUCUUCCCUCUUCCUCAAGAGCAAGUGGGGCAUUGGCUACCGCCUGAGCAUGCACAUCGAUGCCUACUGCAACACCGAGGCCACCACCUCUCUGAUCAGGCAGCACAUCCCUGCAGCCAGCCUGAUCCAGGAGAACCACGAGCAGCUCGUCUACACCCUCCCUCUCAAGGACAUGGACAAGUUUGCAGGUUUGUUCUCUGACCUGGACACCCAUUCCCACCUGGGGGUCAUCACCUAUGGCGUGUCCAUGACCACGCUGGAGGACGUUUACCUGAAGCUGGAGGUGGAGGCAGAGAUUGACCAAGCAGAUUACAGCGUGUUCCACUCCCAGCAAGCGCAGGAUGAGCUGGACACCAAGUCCCUGGAUGACAUGGAGCAAAGCCUGCUGAUGCUGUCCGAGGCCAGGGCUCCAGCCAUGAGCAGCUCAGCCCUGUGGAAGAAGCAGGUCUCCACCAUAGCCAAAGUGCAUUUCCUCAGCCUGAAACGGGAGAACAAAUGUGUCAGAGUAAUGUUGUUGCUUUUCCUCAUUUUCCUUGUAGUUCAGAUUUUGUUGUUUUUCAUACACCACAUCAUCAAAAAUGCUGUAGCUGCCAUCAAACUCUCCCCAGAUUUGUACUUGCUGAAGCCUGGAGAGAACUACCACAAGUACAGGAGCCGGCUCCUGCUGCAGAACUCCACAGAGUCGGACAUCAGUGACAUUGUGCACUCCCUGGGGAGCAUGAACAUCCUCUGGGAGAUGUUCAAUGACAGUGAUUAUGUCUCAGUGGCACCUCACAGUGCAGCUCUCAACGUGUUUGCCCUCGAGUCCAGGCAGAAAUAUGUUUUCAACAUAAUAUUCAACAGCACCAUGGUGCACUCCCUGCCAGUUUUGAUGAAUAUUGUCAGCAACCUCCUCCUGCGCAGUUUGAACGUGACUGAGAGCAUCCAGAUCUGGAGCAACCCCUUGAUUCAGGAUCUUCCAGACACGAUUUUCAGGCUGGAGAUCUAUUUUGAAGCCGUGUUGCUGGGGAUCAUCAUCACUGGGAUGCCACCCUAUUUCGCCAUGGACAACGCAGAAAACCACAAGAUCAAGGCUUACACCCAGCUGAAGAUUGCAGGGCUCUACCCCUCAGCUUACUGGACUGGCCAGGCUGUGGUGGAUCUGCCUCUGUUCUUCUUCAUCCUCAUCCUGAUGAUCGGCAGCCUCUUCGCCUUCCACUACGGCGUUUAUUUCUACGUGGGCAAGUUCCUGGCUGUGAUUUUUUGCCUGAUUGGUUACGUCCCCUCAGUCGUGCUCUUCACCUACGUGGUCUCCUUCACCUUCAGAAAAGUCCAGAACACGAAGGAAUUUUGGUCAUUUAUAUUUUCAGUGACAGCCCUGCUCUGCACAGUUGUCACUGAGGUGUCCUUUUUCCUGGACCAUUACCUGGUAACCACGGUCCUGCAUUAUGUCUUCUCCAUCUCCAUUCCUAUUUAUCCCCUUAUUGGCUGCCUGAUCUGUUUUAUAAAGGUCUCUUGGAAAGGCAAGAGUGAGAGUGGGGGGUACCACGACCCCUGGGACCGGCUGCUGGUGGCAGUUCUGGCUCCCUAUCUGCAGUGUGUGGUGUGGCUGUUCCUGCUGCGCUGCUUCGAGCUGAAGAACGGAGGGAGGACGGUGAGAGAAGAUCCCUUCUUCAGAAAAUGUUUCAACAAAACCAAGCCCUGGAAGUUCCCAGAUGUCCCUCACGAGGAGAACGAGGACGAGGACGUGAAGGCGGAGAGGCUGCGAGUCAAGGAGAUCCUGAGCAGCCCCAGGAGCGAGGAGAUGCCAGCAAUCCUGGUCAGCAGCCUGCACAAAGAGUUUGAUGAAAGGAAGGAAUUUCUUCUGGGGAGAAAAAUAAAGAAAGUGGCAACCAAACAUGUUUCUCUCUGCGUGAAGAAAGGAGAAAUCCUGGGUUUGUUGGGACCCAAUGGAGCUGGGAAAAGCACAUUAAUUAAUAUGCUUGUUGGAGAGAUUGAGCCAACCAGUGGGCAGGUUCUGAUGGGAGAUGACUCCUUGGGGCUGAGCAGUGAGGAUGACUCCGUGAAAUUCGUGGGGUACUGUCCUCAAACCAACCCUCUGUGGCCAGACAUCACCCUGCAGGAGCACUUUGAGAUUUAUGGUGCUAUCAAAGGCAUGAGCCAGUCUGAUGUUAAAGAAGUCAUCAAGCGCAUCGCCAGUGUGCUGGAUUUAAAGGACCACCUGCAGAAGACGACCAAGAAGUUGGGAAUGGGGCUGAAGCGCAAGCUCUGCUUUGCCCUCAGCAUGCUGGGCAACCCGCGGGUGACGCUGCUGGACGAGCCCUCCACCGGGAUGGACCCCAAAGCCAAGCAGCACAUGUGGCGGGCGAUCCGAGCAGCCUUUAAGAACAAGGAGAGAGCAGCGAUCCUGACCACACACUACAUGGAGGAGGCAGAUGCUGUCUGUGACCGUGUGGCCAUCCUGGUGUCAGGGCAGCUCAGGUGUAUAGGCACUGUCCAACACCUGAAGAGCAAGUUUGGCAGAGGAUACCUCUUGGAAAUGAAGCUAAGGGAAACAGCAGAUGUGCAGCAGGUGGAGUAUCUGCAGAGCCAGAUUUUGCACAUCUUCCCCAACGCCAACCGCCAGGAAAGUUUUGCUUCUAUCUUGGCGUAUAAAAUUCCUAAAGAAGAUGUACAGUCGCUUUCACAUUCUUUUUCCAAGCUGGAGGAAGUAAAACAUGCCUUCAACAUCGAGGAUUACAGCUUUUCUCAAGCAACACUGGAACAGGUGUUUGUGGAGCUGGCUAAGGAGCAGGAGGAGGAGGACAGCAGCUUUGGCACCCUGAACAGCAGCCUGUGGUGGGAGAGGACGCAGGAGGACCGAGUCAUUUUCUGAGCUCCUCGUGCUCCUGUGGGUGCCAGCUCCGAUCCUCUGGCUGCUCCUGGAGCUGGGGUGGGCAAGGACAGCUGGCUUGGGAAGCCCUGAGCGUGUCCCACCAUCCUGGCCCUGGGAAUAAGGCUGCAGGGGCGGUGAGCAUCGCCCUGCUCCUCUGGCUGACCCCAAUCCCUCCUCCCCUGGCUGCCCCCGGUUUGUGUUGGGCAGGAGGGCACUGCCACGGCAGCCUGGCAUCUCCUGGGCUCGGUGGCUGCUGCAGGAGCUGCCAGCUGCCUUCCCUUGGCUCUGCUGGGCCGGAGGCUGGGCUGUCCUUAGGGGAAUCCUGCGGCUGAGCGGAGCCAGCGGCUGCAGGGUCCUGUCCCAGGGC